AUGUUGGGAAUUAAAGUGUGGCUUUUUGUCUCAGGAUGGAUUGCAUUAGCAUCGUCACAAGCACCACCAGGCUUUAACUUGCCAACACUAACGCACGUGGACAGAAACUGGUACGUCACGUCCUCGGAUCCUAUUGGUUCAUUCGUGACCAAAGUGUAUCGAGACAGUACUGGCAGUGAUCCCGUUAUCUUCGGUUUGGAGACUACGGGACCACCGGUGCCGUUCCAGAUUGACCCCCACACUGGGGUCGUCACUGUGAAUGAUACGUUGAUUGAUAAGGAGAAAAAGUCAUAUUCACUAUGGGUGACAGCGUACGACGGCUCCAUACCCCAAAAGACCGAAGUCUAUGCAACCAUCACGGACAAAUCAGGCCAGAGACCUAAACUACCUCACCCGCCACCUAUAAGAUUUCCGGGGUACCAGCACGAACCUUUCCAGCCAAACUUUACAAGAACCACUCAAAGCACAACCAAAGAAAUAUAUCAACAAGCAAUUGAUACAAUCGUACCUGAAACAUCGACAACAAUUCCUACGUUAAGUCCUCCAAAAACUCCUGAUGAUAUUCCCAAAGUUGAUAAAGAUAUUGAAAGUAAUGAUAAAAACAAAAGCUCGGUGCCUCGUGAAGAAACUCUGACAAAUGAAGUGCCUUUGACAGUAAUACCUCUAGUCGCUAUUGGUGGUUUGGUUGUUAUUGUGGCCGGGGUGGUACUAUUUAUCUGUAAGAAGAACAAUACACAAAAGAAGGAUAGCAAAAAGGAUGACAUGAGCAAAGACUCAAGUGGUAUCGUUCUAGAAGAUGCUUCUUUCAACAUGUGGAAUCACCCAAGAGCGGACUCCAACAGAUACGAAUCUUGGGAUAAUAAUCAUUUACAGCUAUCAGAAGAAACAUCAAUAUCAAAAGAUGACAAUCCUCCUGACAAAUGGGAGUUCCCUCGACAUAGACUCAAGAUAUUUCAUAUAGUCGGAGAAGGCGCGUUUGGUCAAGUCUGGAGAGCUCAGGCCAUUGACAUAGCUGGGAAAAAAGGAGAACAGACAGUGGCAGUGAAGACACUAAAAGAAAACGCAUCGGAGAAGGAAAAAAUAGACUUGCUGCAAGAACUCUUGGUCAUGAAGAACUUGGGCUAUCAUCCAAACGUAGUUCAGUUAAUUGGCUGCUGUACUGAAAAGGAACCUACCCUUGUAAUAAUGGAGUUCGUGAGCCUGGGCAAGCUGCAGCAAUUCCUCCGAGAUUCAAGAGCAGAACGACAUUAUGGUAACACUCAUGGCAGUCAGUUCCUCACGUCACAAGAUCUUACAAAGUUUGCAUUCCAAGUUGCCAGAGGGAUGGAGUUCCUUAGUUCACAAGGAAUAAUCCACAGAGACUUGGCAGCGCGUAAUGUGCUAAUUACUGAGGAUAGGGUGUGUAAGGUAGCAGACUUUGGUUUUGCGAGAGAUAUUGCAGACACGCAUGUAUAUGAGAGAAAAAGUGAUGGUCGCCUUCCUAUAAGAUGGAUGGCACCAGAGUCUCUGUACGACAAUAUAUUUAGCGUUAAGUCUGAUAUUUGGAGCUUCGGGAUCCUAUUGUGGGAGAUCGUCACUCUUGGCUCUACACCAUACCCCGGACUCUCUGCUAACGAAGUCAUGAAAAAGGUCAUCGAGGGUUAUCGCCUGGAAAAACCUGAGCACUGUCAUCGGGAGCUUUACAAUAUAAUGUAUUACUGCUGGGAAGCAGAACCAAAUGCAAGACCAGAUUUCACAGACAUCGUGCUGCGAUUCGAACCUCUCAUUAACAAGGAUAUGGACUACAUUGAACUAGAAAGAUUUCCUGACCAUUCGUAUUAUAAUCUGCAACAUUUGGAUGGAGAAAAGCUUUGA